AUGGAUGGAACAGUGCUGUUGCCAUUUGACUUGGAUCCCUCACCUAGGCUGUCGCUUGAGAUGGAGGAGUUGUUCCUCGCCGGUAUAGAGGACGUAGACUUUGCCUCGGUUCGAUGGGAGGCGAAGGAGAAGUCGGUUCUUUCUACCGCCAAUGUAAGUGGUCUAGUGCCUUGGUUAUCUUUCGAGUAUUCUGUAUAUGAAGUGGUCCGACUUGUGAUCAUGUAUGUGUUGCAGGCCUUUGGGGAUAUGUACCUCACCUUGGCGAGGGUAGAGAAGGAGGUGGCCUUGGUGAAAUGCCAUUCUGAGUCGGCGAAGGCUGCUAUUGCCAAGGCUUAG